AUGGCGUCUCUAUAUCAGAGAUUCAGCAGCGGGACCAUCGAGACCAACAAAUCCUUCCCCAAUCCCCCGGAGGCGAGUCACCUGCUCGGGCAGAGCGCGGAGGGACCGCGGGGACCUGAGAGCCACAGAGCCCGCGUGCAGCAGCACUACCGCCGCCAACGCGACGAUGAGGACGAGCUGGUGGGCAGUAAUCCUCCGCAGAGAAACUGGAAGGGAAUAGCGAUCGCGCUCCUUGUCAUUCUGGUCAUCUGCUCCCUGAUCGUCACCUCCGUCAUCCUGCUGACACCAAGAGAGGACGAUCGCUUGGCCCUGAAGAGUAAACUGACAGUGACGGACCUGUUCAAGAAGGACUUCAAAGUUCAUGAUCCCAACGCCAAGUGGAUCAGCGGUAAUGAGCUGCUCUUCCGUAACCGCGAUGGAGACGUAGUCAAGUUCAAUGUCGACACCAAUGAGACGACAAUUUUGGUGCACAACAAGAAAUUGUGAGUCUAUUUUGAAAUGUACAAAGCCACCAAGUACGGUUCUCCCGACCUGAAGCAUGUGCUGCUAGCUUACAACGUCGCUCCGGUGUACCAAUACUCGUACACAGCCUUCUACAUUAUCUGCAGCCUGGAGACACCAGAGACUUGGAACCUGAACCCCCCUGAAGUGAGAAAUGCCCAGCUGCAGUUUGCUGGAUGGGGACCACAAGACCAACAGCUGAUCUUCAUUUUUGAGAACAACAUUUAUUUCCGCUCCAAAGUUGAGAGCCGCUCGAUUCGUCUGGUGUCCACGGGGAAAGAAGGCGUGAUCUUCAAUGGCCUCAGUGACUGGCUGUACGAAGAGGAGAUUUUCCACUCCCACAUUGCCCACUGGUGGUCCCCAGAUGGCGCUAGACUGGCCUAUGCCACCAUCAACGACAGCCUGGUGCCAAAGAUGGAGCUGCCCAUGUUCACCGGGACGCCCUACCCAAUGGGGAAGGAGUAUCACUAUCCAAAGGCUGGAGAAGAGAACCCCGUCAUCACUAUUUACGUGGUGAAUCUGAACGGUCCACUUCACACCAUAGAAAUGAGGAGACCGGACGAUACCAGGAUAGGAGAAUACUACGUUACUAUGGUGAAAUGGGCGACUGCGACGAAACUGGCCAUAAACUGGAUGAAUCGCCCUCAAAACAUUUCAGUGCUAACUCUGUGUGAGGCCACCACUGGAGUCUGCACCAAGAAACAUGAAGAUGAAAGUGAAGGAUGGCUACAUACACAGAAUGAGAGCCCACUGUUUUCCAAAGAUGGUCUGAAACUGUUUUUCACUCGAGCCAUUCCUCAGGGCGGGAGGGGCAAGUUCUUCCACAUCUCCAUGUCCACCUCACAGGUGAAUACGAGCACAGACACGCUGCAGUCCAUCACAUCUGGAGACUGGGACGUGACUCAGGUCUUGGCCUUUAAUGAGGAGAGUCAGCUCAUAUAUUUCUUGAGUACAGAGGAUGGACCAAAGAGAAGACAUCUGUACAGUGCUGACACGUCUGGCUCUUUUAACCGCCGCUGUCUGACCUGUUCACUCCCAAACACUUGUGGAUACGUGAGUGGAUCCUUCAGCCUCAACAUGAGCUACUUCCUGCUUGAAUGCAAAGGUCCGGACGUCCCAUUUGUGUCCAUAUUCAAGACACAGAUUGAUGAAGAUGCACAGGAUGGAGAGAGCAUUGUAGAAGUUUACAGACUAGAAAACAACGAUAACCUGAGGGGGAUCCUGGACUCGAUGCAGAUGCCCACAGUGGAAUACAAGGAGGUCAACAUGGACGACUACAUCUUGUCGAUGCAGAUUCUGAAGCCCGCAGGCUUCAUGGACACAUCUCACUAUCCUCUCCUGCUGCUUGUUGAUGGGACCCCUGGUGGCCAGUCAGUGUCAGAGCAGUUCCGUCUGGACUGGUCCACUGUUCUGGUGAGCAGUUUUGGGGCGGUGGUGCUCCGUGUGGACGGCAGAGGCAGUGGCUUCCAGGGAACCAACCUCCUGCAUCGGAUCCAGAAGAGACUGGGAAUAUACGAAGAACAGGACCAGAGGGACGCAGUCAAUUUGAUGUUGAGAGAGCCCUACAUUGACAAGACCAGGGUUGGAGCUUAUGGCAAGGAAUACGGGGGCUACAUCACCAGUCUGCUCCUGAGCGCCGGAGAGGGGUCGGCAGUUAAGUGUGGAGCUGUUCUCUCUCCCAUCACGGACUUUGAAUUAUACGCGUCUGCAUUUUCAGAGCGCUACCUGGGCCUCCCCAAACCAGACCCAAGAGCAUAUACUAUGGCCAAUUUGGAGCACAGAGCGUCUCAGUUUAUGGACAACAAGUUCCUCAUUAUCCACCCCACUGCCGAUGAAAAAGUGCAUUUCCAGCAUACGGCAAAAUUCAUCUCCCGACUCAUAAAUGCAAAGGCCAACUACACUUUACAGAUUUACCCAGACGAGGGCCACUUCAUCCGCAGUGAAGCCACACGGCAGCACCUGAGUCAGUCCUUGGUCAACUUUUUCGAGGAAUGUUUCCGACUCCCAGAACGCAUUUUCGAGGAGACGCUGGAAGAGGAAAGCGAAGAUGAGGUGUGA